UUUGGAAUUCAGUCGUACAGAUACAACGCUAGUGACAACAUCGUUAACUAGAGCCCAGAGUCGCGCCGCAAGAAGCAGCUGAGUUUGCAGUGAGUGUGAGAGUGAACAGAACAGUGCAGUGCAGUGUGCUUAUUGUGUUGUGUUGGAGAAGUGCAGGGCAGAGCAGAACAGCCGUGUAGUGUCUGAUUUGGAGUGUGUGGUGUGGGGCUGCCUGCGCUGAAGUCUUUCGUGUUUGUGUGUGUGUGCGUUGCAAGGAGUUCGCAGAUUGAACGCGCACGCCAAUCUCCAUAGCACACUUUAUAAAUAUAACGAACGUGCAAAAGACAGAUAUAAUCAGUUUGUCGGUCGGUUGAUUGCUGGAUUUCCGAUAUAAAAAGUGCCUGCACAGCAGCAGUUCAUCUUCCGCAGCGCUACGCGAAUUCAUUAAAUUUCUUCAGCUUAUUGCCCCCGCUGUAUGCUUUUACAAAAACAACUAUAAAAAUAAACAUAAAAGCGUAAAAGUGCUAUGCCACCAAUAAACCAUAAUACAAAAUUUCUAUAGACACUUUAAACGCUGCGCGUGUGUUGUGUGAGACAGUGAGUUGUGAUUAUAUUUUAUUCACAUCGAUUUUGAUACGUGCUAAAAGGAAAUCGCUGAAAACAUUGAAAAAUGCAAUUGUAAUUUAGUGUGUUUGACACCAAUUUCGUAAUUGACAAGCAAAUUCAGUGCAGUGAACAAACAGCAGAGCGACGUUAGCAGCGCCGCGAACGCUAACAGUGACAGAGCGCAGUGCAGUCGAUAGAGCAGUGUGAUAACAUAACGUGCAUAAAUGUAAAGUGAGAGUCGUUAUACGACGGAGGUGUGUCAAAGUUAAAUUUAAGCAAUUACAAAAUAAAAAAAUAAUAAUUGAAAACAUUAAAUUUCUGCUGGCAAAACCGCGUAAGCCACAAUAUUUUCUAAACCACAGCAGAUUUUUUGGCAUAACACACAGCUGACAGCACUAGCAGCAGCAGCGCGAUCAGCAGACCAGUUUUGUUGUAGUAAAAUUUAUCGACAAGCCAGCGUUGUCGUGAGUGUGUGUACAUAUAUAUAUAUACAUAUAAACGUAUAUAUAAAUAGCUUGUGAGUUUUCUGCCUUUCCACCGUCGACGUUUAUGUAUUUUGCCUGACGUUCGGUCAGUCGUCGUGCCAGUCAGUAGGUAUAGCUCGCUCUCUAGCUAAAUAUGUAGCUAGAUUUGCUCGCUACUUGCUGAUUACGAAUUGUAUAUAUACACAUAUAUACAUACAUAUGUAUAUACGCUGUUGAGAAACAUUCGCUUUUUUGCGCUGUCCACACAUCAGUUGACGUUUGGACGUUCAGUCGCACGCGUUGUAUUCGCUCGGAAAAUUAUUUUCAGUGUCUAGUGAAAAAAUAAAAUUAAAAUAAUUGUGAAAAAACAAUAAAAACCAACAACAAGUUCAUACAAUACAAAACCAGUCAGUCAGUCAUCGAACAGCUGACGACGCGUCUGCACGUUUGUGCGCUCUGAACUCAGUCAUCAGUCACCAGUCGGUUAUCUACAUUUGAACUGUAAAGUUGUGACAUACGUUACAUACUUACCUACAAACACCUAUAUAAACGUUAUUGUUGUUUCCCUACAAGCGUUGAGUUGGCAGCUUUAUUGGCUCGGCAGACAAAAAACUAAUGGAAAUUUAUUUGCGUCAAAAAGCGAAGGCAAAGUUUAGAUUGAGACGGACACAUACGUGCAACAACAAAUAUAAUUGUCAACAAAUACCAUAUACAAGUGCCAAUAAAUUGCAAAAUUUUAAAAUACAUUACAAUAAACAAGCAAAAACUUGUGAAAGUACGAUACCGAAAGCAUCGAUCAUUAUCUAUAAUAAAAACAAUUGCAGCCAGUUCAACCUUUUAGUAUCCUUCAAUGCGAUCACAUGAAGGUUCUAAUAGGCAUUAGCUUUUUGCAUAAAGUGUUACGAGUGUAAAAAUUCCACAUCAACGCCAAAUUGAAAAAUAUAUAAAAAGAAGCAUUCAAGUGCAAAAUAAAUUCAGUUUAUAAGAGCUACGCUUUGGAUUUUCCUAUUACCUUCCAUACCUGUAAAAGCAAUUUGUGUGUGUGUUGUAUGUGAUGCAAUAGAAAAGCCAAAACGUAAACGGCAAUCAUCUGUGUGUCAGCGACAACAACAACAACACCAACAACAACAAGAGCAACAGCAGUGAAAAGUGUUUGUGUGUUUCAAGUGACAGCUGUGAAAUUUUCUGUUAUAUGCAAGUAAAAUAAUUUGCAAAAAAAAUUAAUAAAUAUAACAUAAAAAAUUGUGGCAGCUAGCUAACGUACGUAUAUUGUUAUAUACAGACUGUUUUAACAGCAACAACCAUUGUUUAAUUUAUUAUUUAUGAACAAAUUUCAAUACAACAUGGCGUUUUUCAUGAACAACAACAACAACUAACGGAUAAGCACAAAGCGUUUAUCCAUAAAAAUGCCUAAUAAAAAAGCGGUCAUUGUUUUUUGAGGUUGAAAGGUCUUUGAAAGGACUUGACAGCCACCGUCGACGGAUCGAAAGCGAAAGUAUUUGAAACGAUAUUGCAGAAGUGCCGAAGUGCAGCAAUAAUAAUCAGUUAUUUGCUGUAAUCUGCACGAAAGUAAAGAAAACGGGAGAGAGAAAGAGAUAUAAAGAGAGCGCGGAAGUAUAAGUGAAAAGCGGUAAAGCAGAAGUUUUUGGAAUCUGUUUACUAGCAGCACAUCUUUGUUCAAUCCAAUCAGCCAAAAUGAUACCAACCACAGUCAGUAGUUCCACAUCCACCGCUACAGUUAGCGGUGCCACCGGCAAUAACCACAGUACAAGUAACAAUGGACAGGUGAAUAUGUUGUUGUCAACGACGCCAACUGCCAAUACAGUGUCGUCCACUGCCACCACACCACCUGCUGCCCAAUCGCCGUCGGUUUUAUUAGGACUAGCCUCCUUAAUAUUGGAGGGACGCGCUUUAGCCGACGAUGAAUAUCAACCACAAAUUAUGCGUAGCACUGCCCCAGUCAGUGAUACCAGCGGCCUUAGUGGGAGUGGGCAUGGUGGACAUAGUAUCGGCAGUGGCACAGUCAGUAGUGUUGGCAAUCAUUUACAUAAUUACAACACCAGCGGUCUGCUUGCCAAGACUUCGUAUGGCAUUAGUGGGAGUGGUGUUGGCGGCGCUGCUGUCGGCGGAGGACGUCAAUCGCCUACAUCUCGCCCAUCGACAUCUCGUGCUGCCGCCGGCUUUGGUGUCGGUGUUGUUGGUAGUGGACAUGUGAUCAAUAUAACAACGAAUCCAUAUGCCUUUAACAAUAGUGGAGUGAGCGCUGCACACGUACGUGACGCGUCGCCACUCUACAUUGAUCCGUACAGUGCAAACAGUUCGGGAUCUGCAUCCUCAUCGGCGGAGAGCACACAUCAACGUUGGACACAGAAAUUGUGCCAGCUGCGACAGGUUUCGCCAGCCGCUAACCUCAGUACGACCUACGAACAACCCGUGGCGGUAGAGGCACGUGAGCCCGAGCUCGUCGCGCUGGCUAUCAAUGAGUCCGGUGCUAAUGAACGCGGAGAUUUCGAGAUCGUACGUCGCAGUCUACUAAAUCGCACAAAUUUGAAUGCAAUGUGCAGCGCGACAUCCGUGACAGCAACCGGUGGUAGCAGCGCCGGUGCAGGCAGCGCCAGCUCUUCACCGGGUUCGGGCUCAGAUAAUUUUCUGCUUUCGCUGCAAUCGUUGGCGACAACCUGUCUGCGCAGUGGCAGCCCCUCAAUAGAGCCUAAUCAUAGUGGUAUGAGCGCGAAUAGUGCUACUGGCACGCCAAAUAGCUAUCGUUUUGCGACACUCUCCUCCCCACCGCCACCACAGUCAAUGUAUAUUUACCGUGCCACCACACCGACCGCCUCAGCCUCAGCCACAGCACAUCGCUUUCUCGAACAACCUGGUUCGGGCAGCAGUUGUGGCAGUGGCGUACAAUCGCCACGCCCGCAUUGGCCAACGGUUGUGGAUAACUUGCAUACAAAAGAGCGUUAUAUGCGACAUGCGUCGGCAACAAGCGGCAUGAAUUUCGGCUCUGGACGCAUACCAAUCCCGGGCACAGCGGUGAAUACAACAACUGCGUCGGUGGCAGUGGCUGCUGCAGCAACAAUAAAUCACACAACGAAAGUGACGCCGACGACGGCAGCGACAACAACAACAACAGCGUCCAAGCACCCGCAACAGGGACCGCACUGUGAUCAAUUCCUCAGGAAGAUGGGCCUGGCGAAGGGGGAGGCCGCUGAAGCUGAGGAUCAUUUCUGUGAUAUGUCAUACGUAAAUAUAACUUGCUCCCGCUGGCGAGCGUACUGCCAUAAAAUGGAGGCGAUUAUCGGACGUGGCGAACCGGUUUGCAUAGAAGUUUACCUAGGACCGGUGAACCAUAAAAUGCUACUCGAACAAUGGAUCAUUACACAAAAAGAAAAAGUUCCACCGCCCACCAUGACGCUACCGUCACUCUGCAGUGCAAUACGCAGCCAAUUGUAUUUUUCCCAAAUCAGUGCCUGGUGUGAUCUGAUCAAGAAAUCGGAUAAAACUAUAUAUGACACGGGUCGUAUAAUUUUUCACACACCCACAGGAGCUGCUGGUGAUCUGGCCACACCGGUGGGCAGCGCCAACAACGCUGGCAGCAACAUCACACCGGGCACAUCGCCGAAUUCACAUACGCUUAAUAAUCAGCUCAAUAAUGCGCUGUCGGUGAAUCGACGACCACGCCUUAAUAUAUUCUACCGCAUCAAGUCAUUCGACUCCACUGCCUGCUUUAAUUCAAAACCGAAUGUACACAAUUUUCCGAAUGUCAAUGUUUCGGAGAAUUGUAGCAUAUCGGUUUGUCUCAAGAGUCUUCCACGCAUCAACGGCGGCAUACCGAAAAUCGGUACACUUAUGUUGUCCACACCGGGGACAACAAUGGCAACACCAACACCAACAACAACGACAACAGCUACAACUGCCGUAUCAACAACAAUGCCAGUAAUGGCAACAACCAAAGCAACAGCAACUAAAACUAAAACAACAAAAACAGCUGCGGCGUCCACAACAGCCACAAUAGGUUGUGACAUGUCCAACUCAAAGCCACGUGUGGCAGCUAUAGCCGAGGCAACGCAAUGGCUUGCAACACCAAAUGGCAGCGGCAAUAUCAAUAGCGCUGAACUAACCUCAUUUCGCAAUGGCAACAGCUGUGCUGCUGGUGUAAAAUCGGAGGAGACGCCACGCAGCAGUCGUCCGAGUAGAUGUGUCAUCGCUACGGCUGCACCGACUUCAGCAACGAGCUCUGCCAGCAUAAAUUUACAUUCAAACAGCAGCUCCAACAACUCAAUGUGUAACGCUACAGCCGUCUCGAACGGUACCAGUUGUGGCAGCGGCAGCUCCAAGCCCCGAAACGACUGUGAUGACCCACAGGACAGCAACAUGCAAUGCAGCCGCGCCAACUGUGCACCGCCACACAAAUGUGUAUUUUUCAUUGACGAGGAUGAGCUACUGCCAGUCGAUGAGGCUGACGGCGAGGCGUACUGCGAUGAGGAUGAUAACACUAGCGAUGCCGCGAACAGCACUGGCGAUAGCAUAACCAACACAAGCGGUUUCUGCGCAGGCGCCAAUAUGUCGCAUCGUGAGAAGCAGCUGAUGAAGUACCGCAAGCGAAUGUUGAAACGCGACAAGAAGCAUCAUCAUCAUCAUCAACGCAAGCCGCUAUCCAACAGCGUGGAUGCAACGUGCGAACAGGAAGCCACACACGAGGUACAACGUGCACAAGUAGAAGAGCACGAUGAAGCGAACUGCUGCCAGCCGAUGGAGGAGGGCGAUGAGGACGAUGCUGCCGUGCAUUGCAGCAACACAAUGACAACGUUGCUCUCGCGCACCAGCACGCGCAUCGAAAUGAUCUCGACGGGCACACAGACACCCCUGAGUUGUUGUCGUCAAUGUGGCUGCGAGAAGACGCUCGUCUGCAUGCGUUGCAAUAGUGGCAGCAUGCGCGAAGAGCCAGCCAUAAAUGAACCCACCGAACCGGAUGUUGACGAUAUGGACGACUCGACAGCGUCCAGCCUUAGCAGCAGCGAAAUCAUACACACGCCACGCAACAAGGCCGAAUUGCUGUUGCAAGCCAUACAGCGCACGCCCAAAGUGGCCGCCGCCAAGCACAAGAAGGAGCAACCGCGCAAACUGUGCGGUGGCAAAUUACAGAACAACAAUCACCUCAGCGGUGUCAGCACGACGCAUGUCAAUGUGGGCGCCAAGAGCAGUGGCAGUAGCUUGCAUGAGAAUCCACUGGCUGGUUGUCAAGUUUGCAAGCGGCAGAAGACACAGCAUAACUUCGGCACUAGCAAUGGUGAAGAAGCAACUGCCAGCACAAAUGAGCAUUUAGCUGAUGAAGCUGAGAAUGCAGAUAUUGGCGAUGACACCGAUGACGAUGGUGGGAAGCAGCUUGAAGAUAUCAAAUUCGUUGCGGAAAGCGCCGAGGAUAUUCAACUGCCGGUGACGCCACUAACAGCGUUGCCAACGCACACACAAAUUAUGGAAGAGGAAUCCUUUUUGUCAUCCACCAAACUGACUCCACAAAUCGACCGUUGCACGCUCUCCAGCGCCACAAACGCUGCACGUUAUCCACCACUGACGAGAGGCGAUCAUGCCUGUGGUGAUCAGAACGUCGAGUGCAGCGAUCGCAGUGAGAAUCGCACGCCACCGGCCAUCACUAACAUAAUGGAUGACGAACGCUUCGAUGAAUCACAGUUUAAAACACCCACUACCACAGCGACUUGCGGCGCUAAUUCACCACAGCUGCAGACGCAACAGCGCCAGCAGGGCACACACAAGGCAUUUCAGCAUAAGCAGACACCUAAACCCAAUCUCCUGCAAUUGCACUGCAAUUAUCACAGCAAUGUGAAUGCUAGCAGCAAUCAGGCGGUUGGCGCUGCCGGCGAUGGUUUUGCUGUCGUGCGCGCCAACAACAAUGAUGUGGUCACAGCAAACAAGCCGCACAAGCAGCCGCAACCACAUAAUGCGCUACUCCUGCGCAAAGGACUACCCAAAGUGAACCUCACACCAAUCUUCUGCAAUCCGAUGCCAUCGCCCACCGGCGCCAGCCUCACAAGCAGCCACUCAUCGCCAAUACCCAUUCAUGGUGCUACAAAUGAUAUUACAUUUUGCUUUGAGCCGACAAUGCUGCAUCGCAGCGGCAAUCAGUUGCAGUUGCAUCAUCAGCUUAUGCAUUCCAGCAGCGGAAAUGUUAGUGCCUCACCACUCACCACCGAAGUCAAUAAUAUACCUGUACAAAAGUCAUACUCGGCACCCACGCUACCCAAUUCGCCGUCACUGUCGCCGCGUUUCGCCAAACAGGCGGCGAUCUAUAAGCGGCGCUCACGUCAUUUAUCCGAUCGCUCGGAUCGUUCGUCGCUCGGUUCGGAUGAGCAAUUCUCCGAUGAGGAUUUGGAAAGUGCUGGCAUGUAUAGCCCAGCUACAUCACCGCUGAAACAGAGCGCACGCGUCGCGGCUGCUUUUGGUCGCCAACCGUUGUUGGGCAAUCUGGAAGAGUCGCUGUUGCAAAAGCGCCUAAUGCCCAAGGUGGAAGUGAUGGGUUUUACGGUAUUGUUGGGCGCAUCGGGUGGCUUCUGUCCCACACAGCUGACAAUACCGGCCGCUUCAUAUUUCUACGAACUGCGUGGCGAGUCGCUGAGUACGCCUUAUGUGUGCGAAAUACGUCUGCCACGUAAGGGUUACUCGGUACCACGCGCUGGCAAUGUACAAGCCACUCUGCUGAAUCCGAUGGGCACAGUGGUGCGUAUGUUCGUGAUACCGUACGAUAUGCGCGACAUGCCGCCACUGCAUCAAACCUUCAUCAGACAACGUAUAUUGGCCGAGGCCAGUACGCAUGAAGCGACGACGCAGAAUGUACAGAGCAGCAGCACGUCGACGAAAAUGGAGCAGCAACCAUACACAAACGGCUAUGGCGGCGGCAGUGGACGCGGUGCUGGUGGUGAUGAUAAUUUGAACAUAAACAACAACAACAGCGAGUGCUAUCAAAAUAAUAAUAGGAAUAAUAACGGUAAUAACAACAAUAAUGCCAAAAACAAAUAUCGCCUCUCACCAAGCGGCGGCCUGCACGGCGAAAGCAAUCUCGGACACUUCAUAUCAGCAGAGAAUAUGAAACGCCUACGUUAUUCCAUACAUUUAAGAUUCCAAACGUCGCGCUCGGGUCGCCUCUCACUGCACACCGAUAUACGCUUGUUGAUCUCACGCCGCACCGAUUGUGAUACGGCAGCGGCACAUGCUAAGGGCGUUUUGGAGGCGCCCAAUGAUCUCGUCACCGACACCGUUAUGCCAACAAAUCCCAAAUAUAGCGCACGGCAAGACCAAAGCAGCUCCACCAGUAAUAGUAACGGCAACGGCAGUGGCAGCGGCAGUAGCAAUUUGAAUGUCAUCGCCACAACGGUUGGCGCAACAAAUAGUACAACAGUAACAACUAACAACCAUAACGGUAGCGGCAGCAAUAAGAUUUAGUAGUUGGUGCGAGCGGUGCGCACACAAACGCAUCAUUAUUUUGUAUUAUUUUGGAAACAGUUGCGUUUACGUUUGCAACACUGGCACUGCAGUUAUAAUUAGUGGGCGGGUAAAAAAAAAAAAAAAAACAAAAACAAAAACAAAAAGGAAGUGAUGGAAGUGAUGGAAGUGGACACCUGAUGUGAAUAAUGGGCGCAGAAGUCAGCCAAUAGCUAUAACAACAACAGCCACUCUUGCGGCCUUUGCUGACAACAACAACAACAACAAUAGCAAUAUUAAUUAUGAUAAUUACAAAAACAAUAUUCUAGAAUUUCACACUUUAUUUUCGAUGUUAACCAUUUAAUUUAGUGUGUGCCACUGCGUCCACGCCACUUUUUUCAUUCGUUUUCCAUCUAAAUAUUUGUCAUCUCUCACCUCAAACUUACGUCCCCACAAACACAUUGAACACUUUUAAUCACCCCCAUUAGCGUUACAAUCGAACACAAGCGUCCACCAUCCACCCAACCCUCCUCUAAGUACACGUGCAUACAACUCACACAUGCUCAUCUCACUAAAUACCUUAUGUACAAUUCGAUACAAAACAAAUUGUGUAAUUUUAUUUAUUUUAGAAAUAUUACUUAAAUAUACAUACGAUAUAUAUAUAGAUAUAGAUAUCUAUCUAUUUUUUUAAUAUCAUAAACAUACAUUAUACGAGAUAUACAUAUUAUAUAUAUUUUUUAAUUGAAAAACAAUACAAAUUGAAAUGAAAUUUGCAAAUUUAA